CAAUUGCUUUGCAACUCAGAACAGUAGCUUUUGAGAUCACUUUGGAAAGAGGAUGAUCCUAAACAGAGCUCUAAUCCUGUGGGCUGUUGCUCUGACCACCAUGAUGAGCCCCUGUGCAAGUGAAGACAUUGUGGCUGAUCAUGUUGCCAACUAUGGAAUAAACCUCUACCAGUCUUAUGGUCCCUCUGGCCAGUAUACCCAUGAGUUUGACGGAGAUGAGGAAUUCUAUGUGGACCUGCAAAAGAAGCAGACUGUCUGGACCCUUCCUAUAUUUAGCCAAAUGAGAAAAUUUGACCCACAGCGUGCACUGCAAAACAUAAAUAUAUUAAGACACAACUUGGACAUCCUGAUUAAAUGCUCAAAUUCUUCUGAGGCUCCCAACAAGGUUCCUGAUGUGACUGUGUUUCCCAAAUCACCUGUGAUGCUGGGUAGGCCCAACACACUCAUCUGUCUUGUUGACAACAUCUUUCCUCCUGUGAUCAACAUCACAUGGUUGAGCAAUGGGCACUUGGUCACAGAAGGUGUCUCUGAGACCAGCUUUCUCUCCAAGAGUGAUCAUUCCUUCCUCAAGAUUGCUUACCUCACCUUCCUCCCUUCUGGUGAUGAUGUUUAUGACUGCCAAGUGGAGCACUGGGGACUGGACAAACCACUUCUGAAACACUGGGAACCUGAGAUUCCAACUCCUGUGUCAGAGCUGACAGAGACUGUGGUCUGUGCCCUGGGGUUGGCCGUGGGCCUUGUGGGCAUCAUUGUGGGGACGAUCUUCAUCUUUCAAGGCCUUCGCUCAGGUGGUACCCCCAGACAACCAGAGUCCUUGUGAGUCACACCUACAAGGGAAGGUACACUGCCCAUCUCUAGGAGCAGAAGAAUAGAUGUGCAACAUGAUCUAGUCUAUUUUUAGCCUAGUUCAUCGUAUUCUUUCUCUUCUUCAAAUGUCCCUCCUUUCACCUCUUCUCUGGGACCUAAGGUGCUGUAUACCCUCAGAGCUCAGAUACCCUUGGAAUUCUCCUUCUAAUCUCCUUUCUUAUUCUUUUUUCAAAUGUUACCUACGAUAGAAUCCCUGGAAUAAUUCACCCAUCUUCUGAAUCCCUCAGUGGCCCUGAUUCAAUAUCUCCAUGGAAACAAUAAAUUUCCUUUUAUAUAGUC